GCGGUGUCAACAGCAACUAUCCGCCGCUGCUGGUUAGCUUCUGCUGUGGCUGAGCUAGUUAACUCUUCCCUGCCUCUCUCCGUCCUGCUGCACUUUGGACCUCCGUCUCUGGGUUUAAAUGGCCAGCGUCGCGCUGAAGUUCUUCGCUCCCUGGUAUUUUGUCAGAUUACGAAGGUUCUCCAGUAUUCCCAGUCUGAAGCUCCACACCACAGCCUCUUCCAUGAUGGGUGCGACGGUGGAGCAGUUUGAGCAGGCCAAGAGCAAGCUGUCGACACUGAAGGAAGACCCAGGCAACGAGGUCAAACUGAAGAUCUACGCUCUCUUCAAACAGGCCACCCAGGGUCCCUGCAACACCCCCAAACCAGGCAUGCUGGACUUUGUCAACAAGGUCAAAUGGGACGCGUGGAAAUCUCUGGGCUCCAUACCACAGGACGAAGCCAGGCAGCAGUACUGCGACCUGAUUGGCUCUCUGGUGGCCGCAGAGGGUGGAGGCUCCGCCCAGGUGGCUGCACAGCCUGCUGGGAGCGAGACGGCGUACAAGACGCUGUUGAUCACCACGCAGGAUGACAUCACCACCAUCAAGCUGAACCGCCCGUCCAAGAAAAACGCCAUCACAACUGAAAUGUACAAUGAGAUCAUCGCAGCUCUGGAGCAGGCAGCAAAAGACGACUCAGUCAUCACCGUGUUUACUGGUGCUGGCGAUUUUUACUGCAGCGGAAACGACCUGACCAACUUCACCAAGAUUCCUGAGGGAGGGGUGGAGGCGAUGGCCAGGAGCGGUGGAGACCUGCUCAGGAAGUACGUGAAGGCCUACAUUGACUUUCCAAAGCCGCUGGUCGCCGUGGUGAACGGACCGGCUGUGGGAAUCUCAGUCACCGUGUUGGGGCUGUUCGACUUGGUCUACGCUACAGAAAGGGCCACCUUCCACACGCCGUUCAGUCAGCUGGGUCAGAGCCCUGAAGGCUGCUCCUCCUACACCUUCCCCAAAGUGAUGGGCAGCGCCAAGGCCAGUGAGAUGCUGCUGUUCAACAAGAAGCUGACGGCGGUUCAGGCCUGUGAACUCGGUCUGGUCACUGAGGUUUUCCCCGACAGCAGCUUCCAGUCAGAGGUCUGGACCCGACUGAAGGCCUACGCCAAGCUGCCCCGCAACUCUCUGGCUCUCUCUAAGCAGCUGAUUCGCUCGAUGGAGAAGGAGCGUCUCCACGCGGUGAACGACGCUGAGGUGGAGCGUCUGGUGGAGCGCUGGAUGUCAGACGAGUGUUUCAACGCCGUCAUGAGUUUCUUCCAGGCGAAGGCCAAACUCUGAGUGUGUGUGUGUGUGUGUGUGAGACAUGUUUCUGCUAACUGGGGUUAGCUUGUCUGUGUCCUGGUUAAGUUUAGAGUUAGCUUGUGUGUAGCGUACCUGAAAGUGACCCGAGUGUGAAUCACAACUGCUCCAACAUAAUUCUUCUUCUUCUUCUUCUUCUUCGUGGGUUUUCUUUGUCUCCCUACGAGAAGCUCUCAGACACCAGACUCCUUCUGAAUGAUGAUGUAUGAGUGAUCUUCCACAGUUGGCUUUUAUUUUGUAGCUGCAUCCUGUUCCAGGUCGACUAACGAGCUCCAAACAAAUCUGUGACUGAAUCGCCGUUAUUCUCGGCUCUGAGGGCCUAACAGGGGAAAUCAAACACAUUUUUGUGACUUCAUGUUUUUGUUUGACUCAUCUAAAGCACAUUAAACGUGUUGCCUGUGAAACGUUGGCCUCCGAACAAAGCGAGUUGCAGAUGAGUGAAUCAAACCCGCCGUGAGGCCUCACCUGUGGUCCUGUGUGGCCUGUCCGGUUUGGAAUGUGUCUCCAGUGUGCCUACAGGAAGUUUGUGCCUUAGUCACUUUGUAGCAUCAUGCAGACGCGACUGAUUCAACACUCAUCUUUGGUCUUCUUUUCUGCUCACUCUGUAUGCUCAAUAAAAGGACAGAAUCUGUAAUUAUCUAAAA